GCUGACUAUUCAAACCACAAGUAUGUUCUCUCCACAACGCUGCUAUUGUUAGACUUGCAAAAUGCUUUACUUGUGUGAACUUUCCACCUUAGUAACGCAAAGCCAGUUUAAGUUUAAGCCACAACUUUUCCCCACAUAUAUAAAUCAUAACAUUAUACAGACUUCAUGAAAUUUCAAAUUCAUUUCCCACAAUGAAGAAUAUCAACACAAACACAAACAUCCAUAUUAACCUCAACCAUCUUGUUUCAUACUUAGUCAUCUUCGCCUUUGGGUUAACCAUCGGUAGCACAUUCUUUACCCGAGAUUCUCCUCCUAAUUUCCACACGUUUCCCUUCACCCUUGAUCUCGUCAACUUCACAUCCUCCUCCUCGGAUGAUUACGAUGAUACUAAUAAUACUACUACGACUGCGAUCAAUGAGACAAUUAAUAUAAAGAGCUAUUAUAUGCAUCAGAUGGAGGAUCCAGAGUUAUUGUGGAGAGCAUCAAUGGUACCCAAUUUGGGAGGGGAGAAUUUACCGUCCAAAUUUAAAACCAAAAAGAUUGCUUUUAUGUUUUUGGUUAGAGGACCAUUGCCGUUGGCACAACUUUGGGAGAUGUUCUUUAAAGGGUACGAACAUCUUUACACUAUUUAUGUUCAUUCUCAUCCUUCUUAUAACGAAUCUCUUCCCAACAACUCUGUCUUCCAUGGAAGGAGAAUUCCUAGUAAGGAUGUGGAAUGGGGAAAAUUCAACAUGGUAGAAGCAGAACGUCGUCUACUAGCCAACGCUCUACUAGACGUAUCAAACGAACGUUUCAUUCUUUUAUCAGAGUCAUGUAUACCACUCUUCAAUUUCUCCACGAUAUAUUCACACCUCAUAAAUUCAAACAAGAGUCACGUUGAGGCCUAUGAUUUGGCUGGUCCCGUGGGGCGUGGGCGUUAUAGCUAUCACAUGAUGCCACAUGUCAUGUUAUCUCAAUGGCGAAAGGGGUCACAAUGGUUCGAGAUGGACCGUGGCCUAGCCAUUGAAGUUGUGUCCGAUCAAGAGUAUUUCCCGUUGUUUCAAAGAUUUUGUACGCGUGCAUGCUAUGGAGAUGAGCAUUAUUUACCCACAUUUGUUAGCAUGAAAUUCUCUAGGAGGAAUUCAAACAGGAGUAUAACUUGGGUUGAUUGGUCCAAAACAGGGCCUCAUCCCGGUGUGUUCCAUAGGCCACUUGUUACUCCAGAACUCCUUACGAGUUUAAGGAGUAACAACACUUGUGAGUAUAAUGGGGAAAAGACUGAUGUUUGUUUUUUGUUUGCAAGAAAGUUCAUGCCUGGUACUCUAACAAGGUUGUUGAGAUUUGCUCCUCAAAUCAUGAAGUUCAACUAAUGCACUUCUGAGUUGUCCUGUCUUUAGCUAGGUUUUUUUUUACUAGAUUUGAAAGAAGAAAUUAGGAAACAGAUUAAAUGUGUAUUUAUAUACCUUCAUUUUUUCAUUGUAAAUUUGGUGAUACAUAGGAAAGGGACAAAACAUAUAUUGGUGUGGUGAUGAUAUUUUGUAAUUUUGUCAAUUGUUAAGCCUAUGUGGCUAUGUGUAAUUAUAUUGUAGAAGAUCUUGUAUUGAUAUACUACCUCCGUUUUAAAUAGUUUGGA